AUGACCGACCCCCUGCCGCCGUCCAUUACGCCCGGGCCGAGCCAGCACCUGCGGCCGUCCAGGCGCCAGUACCGCCUCUCGGACGAGCGCUCGCCUAGUCGUACCCGAACCACCGACGACCUGCUGAGCCGCCUUACGCCCUUGACCGCGGUUGAGAUGCUUCAAACGCCCAACACCGAGCUGAAGCAGUGCCUCGACAAUUCUACUGUUAGCGAACAGGAUUUCGCUAUGCGCGCCGCGGUGGCCAGCCGCAAGAUAUACGAGUGGCUCGAGGAAGUCUCUGACUGGCCCUGGCCAGCCACCAGCGGCUCUGCCGGGUUCGAAACGCCGAACGCAAAAACCACGCUACUUGAUGAUGCCGGAGCCUCCGAUACAGAGUAUCUGGGGUGUCUUCCGGCCAAAAAUGUGGCACAGUAUGAGCAGCGCGUGGAUGGCAUCUCUCAGGACAUGGACAAACUACGCAUUGAGGACAUCAAAACUCAUGUUAUGCACACACAUAUCAUUCCACUUUCGAGGCCCGGGACGCCCAAGCUGGGCUCGCGGUCUGUUGCGGCGGCGUUCUCCUACAACCGGAUGGACGAUUUGACGGCUCUUCUGACUGCAAUCAUUAUUCAAGCACUGCCAAAUCUGUCCAAGCUGUGUCGACUGCUGAGAGUCUGGCACGUUCGGCUCUCUGUGCUGCGUCGGAUACCUGUCUUGUUGGCUGGGAUUGCAGAGGCGGAGUUCGCCCUCGAGUCUGCGUGGAAUGUGCUGUCAUCUCCGACAGGAACGCCGGCUGAGAACGAUCCCGAACAUCAAGCGGAAGACGACUUCUCGCGGCUCAAGCACGCCUUUACCGUAGUCAAGGGAGUGCUAGAAAAACAAAUCGUUGCAUCCGGUCGCAGCCUGGACUUCAUGCUUGACAGUCUAGAGGGGUUACAAGACACACUGCCUGACACAUGGCUUGAUCGCAUGGAGGCCGUUGAGCGGAACUACGCUGACUGGGUGGCCUUUGGCGAGAAGAAGAUGAGAGAAGGGGAAUGGCGGCAAAAGACUCUUGCUAAAGUCGAACAUGUAUCCAUCGCACCCUUGGCCCUGCCGAUCGUCGAAGAAGAUGCAAACACCAUCACCUUGCCGGUGCCUAUUACCAUUGAUCCGCCGAAAGAAGAAUCGCAGGAGACAAGUGACUCCGACACUCCCAGCGGCGGCACGGCAGAGCAAUCCGAUGACACAGAUGAGGACGACACAAUCGAGCUGUCCCCGUCACAGCUGCAAGCACAAAAGAGGACACAGUCACAUGUCAGCAGCCUCGAUGGCUUCAGCGAGGUGCCAAAGCCCAAACGGACUCCGUUAGCCGAGGUUCAGAACGAAAGCAGCAAGAAAGCCGGCCCACUCCAGGGUGAGAAGCAAUCUGUUGUAUCGAAGCUUAGAGCAGUCUUUGAGAACAACACAAGGUCCGAGCCAUCUCUUGUUGACGAUGCGGGGGAUAUGCCCGACACACUAGAAGACGAAGAUGAGGUCCAGCUGCCCCCUUUGAUCCGUUCGAACCGGCGAAGUAGUGACACUUCGGAGUUGUCGACGGUCAUUCACGGCCACACCAGCCUGCUAGCAGACGCUUCCAGCGACAUGCCCGAAGUCUCUGCGUCACCGCCUCUGCCGCGUCAGAAGCGUGCCGAGAUCCUAGGACAGAAAUCCGCUGCCGACCGGUUUAUGAGCAUUAGCCCGCCCAGCUCGCCCCCGUUCCGACCCAGCAUCAGAGACCAUAGCGUGAGUCCGAUGAUGGGGCCCCAGGACGAGGGCCUGCUGCCGGCGCUGCCUCUCGAGUCAUCCUUCAUUGAGGAGGACUACGACCACUCCUUCACCAGCUUGGGAACACCAAGAGAGUCCAACGCAUCCGAUGACCACCUACGGCAGCAAAUCAGCGAUAUCCUGGAGUCCAUCCCAGCCAAUAUCAAGCUGGCAAGGGCCACGCCAAAAGUCGACCUGAAUCCCCCACCACCGGACCUGCCCGCGAAGAGGCUCAAGAAACCCUCGCGGGAGACUAUGCGACGCACAGGCUCCAGCAUGUCUAUGGCAUCAAGAGCGUCCUCGCGAGCGGCAACGCCGUGGUUGACCCUCGCUCCUGCGUACGCCAAGAACCCAAGACCAAGGCGUCCUCAAAGCAGAAACGACAUCCGAGUAUACCACCUAUCCCGAUCCACUGGCGAGGCCCCCAUCAAGCUCUUCAUCCGCUGUGUCGGCGAGCACGGCGAGCGGGUCAUGGUGCGUGUCGGCGGUGGAUGGGCUGACCUAGGCGAGUACCUCAAGGAGUAUGCCACCCACCACGGUCGUCGCUCUGCCGGCCCUGUGGAGACAGCCAAGGUCGAAGUUCAAGACUUGCCGCGCGCUAGCAGCCGCGCCGCCAACUCAAGCCCUCCGAGCCGGCCGGCAUCAGCGCUGGAGAUGUCCCCCAUGACGCCACUCAAUGUCCGAAAGUCUAGGAAGUCUUUCGGCUCUGGCGACAUGUCGGGUCCGUCUGUUUCAAGACUGCUGCCCAACACGCCAGCGGUCCCACCAAUUCCGGACAAGUUUACGCCGUCUUCGGAGGACUCCAACCGGUCGCGGUCCAGCUCUCACAUCAGCUGGGAGGAGGAAGAAAGCUCGUUCCUCGGACUUGCAGGCCCCACAGGCCGCAAGGUCGAGAUGAGUGAGGAGAGCCGGGCGUGGGUGGAGAGCGUCAAGGAGAAGGUACGUCUUGCUAGUGGUGAAGCCCGCAAGGCCUCCGAGUUUGGCGACAUGGGCAAGGUUGGAGGCACGAAACGUCUCUUUCGGAAGAAUUGA